GCCCCCCGUCACCUACUACCGUAUGGAGCCGUAAGCGCGAUACAUACAGGAUUCUGUUUCUCGGCUCCCGGACUUGUCCCCUCCACCUCCUAGGCAGCGCUCAAACACCUGCCAGCGGGUUCCUCUUGACCACUGGACACCCUCGAGUCUCGGGACUCGGCUGAGCACGAUUUCACCGCUGACACCUCAUCCUAUCUGGUAUCGUCUGCUAAACCCGGGGCCUGUUGAGCUGGUAUGAGCUACGGGACCAACGGUUUCCUCAGGUAUCCGCAUCGUCAACGUCCCCCCUUGUCGAUAAACACUUAAGCCCAUUAAGCCCAAUAAGAUUGUCGACUUCCGCCGCAGAUGCCUCCUGUGCCACUGUGCCUUCAACCGCCAGGAUGCCCAUGAUAAAUGGCCAGAAAAUGGCCUGCGCGCCAUGUAUCCGCGGCCACCGAUCUACGAAGUGCAAUCACUCUUCCGAGCGAAUAAUGGUCCCGGUGCGAAAACCUGGCCGCCCGCUGAGCACGUGUCCCUGCCCCCCCGGAAGGCCUUGUGCUUGCGGAGGGGUCAAGGUUGCUAUCCCGCGGAAGCAGAAAUGCGGUUGCGAACCCGAGUCUGGGAUAGGGAACGGAGUAGUCGAGGGAAAUCCAUCUCCCACCUCCCCGCCGACAUCGCCAACCCGGUCUGCCUUUCGGGUGGUCAAAGCUAGCAAUGGUUCCAGAUCCAGCAGCAGGAAGCAAUCAUAUGACCCCUCGCAGCUGCAGAGGAUGGUAGGCAGUUUGGUGACACCACACAGCGGCAGUAUGGAUGCCAAUGCGAUGCCCAUGGCUGGGAAUGGCCUACAGCCUCAGAUGCCGCUGAGCAAUCUCACGGGGUUUGGACCCGGCGUUGAGUUCGUGCCUCGGGCCCCUCCUGGAAGUGAAUUCACGCCUUCCCAAAACCUGGGUUAUGGAACCCCUGUUCCGUAUCCCAUGGAUAUCCAGUACGCCCCAGGACACCAUCUGUCGCAAGAGGUCAAGAACGAGGAGGGGGUGGUCUCUCCACGCCAGAGCAACGGCCUGGGAUCACCGUUGACAUCUUUAACACUUCCUCAUCAGCCCGCUGGGUUAGGUACACCACUGUUGCCAAAAUCAAACGGUGUCACGAAUGGGGGCAGCUGCUGCUGCGGCCCUAAAGAUGAAGGGCCGGAGUUGCAUUCGGGCAAUAUUCCACAACAGCAGCCACUGCAGUCAGAUUUCUCGCAGCAGUAUCUAGAGCAUUACGCACCUCCCGUAGAGCUAAAGCCGCAGCCCAUGCCCGCGCCCGCGCCAUUCGGCUACCCUACUAUCUUUACCUACCCAGCUCAGUAUGGAUCCUGGCAGCACCCGAUGGAACAGAGCACUUGGCAAGAGAUGUCCUCUCAGCCCAACAUGACAAUGGGGCCUCCGAUGUUGGCCGCUCCGAACGGAGCUGGGGCCGAUCACGGCAUGAGUCACGAGUGCACCUGCGGUGCCGGUUGUCAAUGCCUCGGGUGUUUGGCUCAUCCAUUCAAUGAUCAGACACUGCAGUAUGUCAACAAUGCCUACAACGAAACCAGCGCAAACGCGGGCGUUGGUAGCGGCAGCAGCGGGACGCCUACACGGAACGGAAACACGGCCCCCGCCUCUCCAGAUUCACAGGCAGCGAGCGACGGGUCGGCUGCGAAUAACGAGCAGUCUUUGUCGACGGCGGACUAUUUCUUCGUGAAUAUACCGCUCCGGAUGGAUAGCGGCUGUUUUGGGAGCAUGGAUUCUUGUCUUUGCGGCGACGAUUGCGACUGCAUUGGAUGUAGCUUGCAUAAUAAUGCUGACGACUAGCUCCUCCGACUUCGUCAGGAUAGGGCUUUACAACUUGGCGGCUGCGACAUGCGAGUUAAAGCACCUCUGAACCUCGAUGGUUUGGGGUGAUGUGGAGCGGUUGA